GCGGCCCGGCGCUGCCAUGUCCGCCCCGGCCAUGGCGGGCCUGGCGCGGGCCCUGCGGCGGGCGGCGGCUCCCGAGCGGCUCCCCCCGGCCCGCAGAGGGGGCGGCGGGGCCGGGCCGAGGCCCUGGGGCUGGGGGCUGGCGCUGGGGCUGGCGCUGGGGGUUCGGGCGGCGCCCGGGGGAGGCGAGCCGGAGAACGGGCGGGAGGAGAAGCCGCCGUCGCCGCGGGGCUUCGGCGCGGCCGUGGAGAGGAGCAGGGACCUGGUGCGGAGGAUCAAGGACGAAGCAGGAAUCCCUGGUAUAUUAGUUGGAGUUUCUGUAGAUGGAAAGGAAGUCUGGUCAGAAGGUUUGGGCUAUGCUGACGUGGAGAACCGUGUGCUGUGCAAGCCUGAGACCGUCAUGCGCAUCGCCAGCAUCAGCAAGUGUCUCACCAUGAUGGCUGUUGCUAAACUGUGGGAAGAGGGGAAGCUGGAUUUAGAUGCUCCAGUGCAGAAAUAUGUCCCAGAAUUUCCAGAAAAGGUCUACGAGGGUGAAAAGGUCACCAUUACCACAAGACAGUUAGUUUCACACUUGAGUGGGAUCCGUCACUAUGAGAAAGAUAUUACAAAAGUGAAAGAAGAAAAGGAAAAGGCAAACAGAGCACUUAAGCUAACCAAAUCCCAUCAGGAUAAAGAACAAAAAGCAAAAGAAGGUAAAGGGACUGAAAACACUGAUUGUGUCAAACAGAAGAAGGAACAUGAUAGUGAGACAAAGGGCCAGAAUUCAAAGCCUGGCAGGAACAACAAGGAGUUUGAACAGGAAGAGUAUUAUCUGAAGGAAAAAUUUGAAAGUGUGAUUGAGUCACUGAAGAUAUUUAAAAAUGAUCCCUUAUUCUUUAAACCAGGUAGUCAGUUCUUGUACUCAACAUAUGGCUUUACUCUCUUAAGUGCUGUUGUGGAGAGAGCUUCAGGACAGAAAUUUACAGAUUACAUGCUGAAAAUGUUUCGUGAUUUGGAUAUGCUGUCAACUGUCCUAGAUGACAAUGAAGCCAUGAUAUACAACAGAGCAAGGUGUUACAUUUACAACAAAAAGGGACGGCUGGUAAAUGCACCAUAUGUGGACAACUCUUACAAGUGGGCUGGUGGUGGCUUCCUGUCAUCAGUAGGUGACCUCCUGAAAUUUGGAAAUGCUUUGUUAUACAGCUACCAAGCUGGACAAUUUCAAAACAAGAACAACCAACUCCUGCCAGGGUACCUCAAGCCAAGCACAGUUGCCAUGAUGUGGACUCCAGUGCCAAAAACAGAAGUGUCGUGGGACAGGGAUGGUAAAUACGCCAUGGCUUGGGCCGUGGUGGAGAAAAACCAACAGUGUGGCUGCUGCAGACAGCAGAGACACUAUGCAUCUCACACCGGGGGUGCUGUGGGGGCCAGCAGCGUCCUCCUCAUCCUGCCUGAGGAGCUGCACCCCGAGGCUGGGGGGGCCUGGCCAGUGGCGCCCCCCAGAGGGGUCGUUGUCACCAUCAUCUGCAAUAUGCAAUCGGUUUCACUCAACAGCACCGCCUUAAAGAUCGCCAGGGAGUUCGACAGAGAGAAACAGGCACAGAGUGAGGGCUGAGAGAGCUCUGGGACUGAACCCACUGUGCUGCAAAACAAGGGGUGCAGUUGCACCUCGAGUUCACUAAGAUAUGGGAAGAAACAGCAUAAAUAAUUCACUUAAUGAACCUCUGCUAGUGGUGCUAAACUUACGUCUAACUGGAAUUCAUCUCUCAGGGAAGUUCCUAACUUACAAAAAAUGAGAAUGUAACAGUCAAAGACUACUUUCUGUAGUACCUGUGUAAAUGAUCAUCGUAUUAGCAGGUUAUUUUUACCAACUAGUGAAACACUUGACCAAGAUAAAAAAAUAGCCUUUUUUUUUUUUUUACACUAAGUACAAAUUACCUAUCUUGAAUGUUAAACUUUUGGAAAAUUUCACAUCUUGAUUUGACCACACAAAUAUGUUGCUUGUUAUUCUUACAGUUCCAGUCUGCCAAAACUAUUCAGUAUUACUUUUUAAAGAAAAUUGUGUCACCAUUGCUUUUUGUUUUCACAUGCCACUUCCCUUACUUGCUUAAAAAACCAACAAAACCCAAACCUUGAAGCUACCUCCAGAAUGCAGAUUUAUACCAGAAGCAGGCUUUUAUCAGAGCUGUGGAUUAAGAACUAGAAAAGGAUGAAUCUAGAGCAAUGUAAGUAAAAUUCUUUUUGUUUUUAGAUAUCUCAUCCAUUUUUAUUGGACUCAGAGAACGUGUAGAAUUAGUUUACUGUGCAAUAAAAGUAUUAUUUCUAGAGUCAAAUCCACCCAAAUAGCACAAUGUGGCAAGCUGUCAAACUGUCCUGUUGUUUUUGGGUGUUAAACACUUGGUAGCCAGAAAUGGGACUGUGUUCUGUAGCCCAGAUAAUCCCUUGUGAACAGGAAUUAGGAACCCAAUAGCUCAACACAGCUCCAAGCCCAUUCUUGAAGGCAGCAGUAGAAGUCUCACCAACAAACACGGCCCUGGCAGCUGGGGCACAGCUCAAAGUGCUGCAUCCAGGGCUGGGGACUCCAACACCUCCAGGGGCAGCUCCUUCCAAUGCCUGAUCCCCCUUUCUGUGGAGAAAUUCUUCCUGUUGUCCAAGCUGAACCUCACCUGGUGCAGCCUGAGGCCACGUCCUCUUGUCCUUUCACUUGUUCCCUGUGAGAAGAAGCCAAGCCCAGCUCCAGCCUCCUGCCAGGGACUUGUAGGGAGUGAUAAGGUCACCCCUUCUCUCCAGGCUCCUUCAGCUUCUUGUCAGACUUGUGCUCCAGACCCUUCCCCAGAGAAGGGAAAGGGAGAGGAAAGGGAAAGGAAAGGAAAGGAAA